AUGGUGCAGACCUCUCAAUCGUUUUCGAACCAUCAGGAGAUGACCAUCAGACCGCUCAGGAGGUGUCUAGCACACCCGCUCCUUCAUCCAAGUCCUCUCAAGCAUGAAGCUCAGAGCAGCUCUUUGAGAGUUGCGAUCAUCUCACCUUACGUGUUAAAGACAGUUACCACCAUCCUGCCGGCCAUAAAGAGUCAACAGGAACCCAAAUGGCCACACCUAAAGGGUUUACCUCUAGCUGAUCCAGAAUUUCUCGUUCCAAGGGCAGUAGAUGUCAUAAUCGGAGCAGACUUCUACGGCCAACUCAUUAGGCCUAAUAUCAUUAGGUACUCAGCAGGAACUCCCAUUGCUCAAUUAUCAAUCUUUGGGUGGUUGGUCAUAGGCCCAAUUCAGGCACCGGUCACGCUUGCAAGGACAACUCAUCUCGGCAGCUCUCAGGUAUYAAACUCGUCCUUGCGAKAGUUGUUGACACGGUUCURGGUCCAAGAAGAGCCUCCAUCAUCGGACAACUCAUCGCUUACUCCUGAGGAGCAAGAGUGUGAGCUCCACUUCAAGACCACUCACUCAAGGGACUCAACAGGGCGUUUCAUCGUCAGGAUGCCUCUCAAAUCGCCCCCAACAGUCCUGGGAGAUUCUUAUCAGACAGCUCAUCGAUCGCUCCAACGAAUUCUCAGGCGACUUGACAGAGACACUCAGUACGACCGAUUGUACACUCAGUUCAUGCGAGAGUAUGAACAAUCUCAGCACAUGCUCAAGCUCGAUGACAUCUCAAUUGGUAGAAGGCCACAUUACUAUUUGCCUUAUCAUGGGGUACUUAAGCCAGACAGCUCCACCACGAAGCUCAGGGUUGUUUUCAACGGUUCAAGUGCCAGCUCCAUUGGUCACUCGCUCAAUGACAUCAUGCACGCUGGUCCUAAUCUGAUGCUCAACAUCUUUGACUUGCUCAUUUGGAUACGUCAACUCAAGUAUCUCUUUGCGACUGACAUCACUAAGAUGUACCGGCAAAUCAAGAUACAUCCAGAUGACCAGGAUCUGCCACGCAUCGUGUGGGUGAAUGAAAAGCAGGAGGAAUCUCAUUUUCAGCUCACUACAGUCACGUAUGGAACCAAAUCAGCACCGUUCCUGGCUGUACGAACGCUCCUUCAGCUUACUGAAGAUGAAGGCUCUCAGUAUCCUCUUGCUGUCAAACCGAUCACUCAUGGGCGUUAUGUUGACGACAUCUUCGGAGGAUCCGACACA